GACAGUAGAUGUUGCAGACACGUCGAUUUGUCCCAGUUUGGAUGUUAGAAUUGAGAGUCUGCGCACAAGCAUCAACCCUGAAUUUGGAAUGUUUCCUGGUAGCCUGUCAUCAGAAUCGGAAAGUGAGAGAUCUGAAUCUUCAGAAACAACAAG